AUACGAGGAGGCGUGUCUUAUCCAUAUGCAGCGCACUUCGGAUGUGACCAUGGCAGCGGAUUUAGCGUUUGGUAAUAGUUAGUUUUAAAACUAAAAAAAGCAAAAUUCAUUACAAGAUGUCUUAUAUUGAAGACCGUAAUGCUCCACCUUAUUAUCGAGAUAUGUAUGAUAUUGUAUGCCCAAAUCAAGAAAAUAUUGUUGACCAUGAUAUGUUUAUAAAACUUCUUGUAAAAUCAAGUCUGCCUAAGCAAACUUUAUCUCAGAUAUGGGAUCUUGUGGAUUCACGACAAGGGUAUCUGACUCGCUCUGGUCUGUAUAAAGCCCUAGCCCUUGUAGCUUUUGCACAGCAAGGAAAACCUGUUAGUGAAAAACUCCUCCAAAAUUUUGCUGGAGAAGAACUGCCAAAACCUUCUUUAGGAGAUUUAACUGAUUUAAGAAUCCUAAGUAUACGUCUAAGAAGGGAGAAAAAUCCUAUGCGUUUGGGUUUAACAUAUCAUGAAGUAUGCGCUUUGGAUACAGUUCAAGUUUCAUUAGUUCCCGAGAAGAAAGGUUUAUUUCUGAAGCACGUAGAGUAUGAAGUUACUAGUCAAAGAAAUAAAUCUGUGGUCCAAAGAAGAUAUAAUGAUUUUGUUGCCUUACAAGAGCUCCUAUUGCAAAAGUUUCCUUAUCGCAUGAUUCCACAAUUACCUCCUAAAAAGGUUAUAGGUGCCGAUGACCAGUUUAUUGAAGAAAGGAGAAAAUCACUGAAAAGAUUCCUCAAUUUACUUGCAAGGCAUCCUGUGAUUUCAGAAGAUAAAAUACUACAUUUUUUUCUGACAUUUUCAGGCACUGAUGUUCAACAUAAAAUGAAGGAUCAUUUCAGAGGUGUUUUGGAUGAAUUCAAUUCCAAUGAACAGGCCAAAGAAGCUGAAGAAUUAGUGCCUAUUGAUUCUACAAAUCAGUUGGCAGUUGUCCGAGAACAGAUGAAACAAGUAUUCAGUGGAUUUCUGCAGCUAAGAGAAAUUGCUGAAAAAAUGGUUGAAAGAAGUAAACAAGAAGCUUCAGAUAUGGUGCUCUUUGGGAAGGAAUUAUGUUCCUUAGCAAAUAGUGCCAGCACUGAGUCUGACUGGGGAUCAGGUGGUAAUGAAACUUGGGAUCAUUUAAGAACUGGAAUGAAGAACUUGCAUCCCAUGAUAUCAAAUGUAUCAUCUGCUUAUAUGGAUUUGGCAUCUGGGGAAGAAGAUGAUAUUGUUGAUGAACUAAAUUUAUUCUUGGAUAUCUUAACUGCAUAUAAAGAUUUAUGUGAUAGAUAUGAGCAAUUCUCUGUAUCCAUAAGGCAAAAAAAUGCCAACAAAUUACUACCUCGCAGAAGCUCUACAAAUCCGAUUGUUAUAGACGCUGAAAAUCAAGCUAUUCAGCAAAACGAAAAAAGGAAUAACUUCUUUCUUCAUUGCAUUCAUAUGGAAACGCAACUAGUGCAUACAUAUAUGCAAAUAUUAGUUAAAGUGUUGCAGUCACUUGUAAAUUUGAGAACAAAGGGGUUUUCUAAUAUCUCUUCUCUGUGGAAGCAAAUGCAGCCAUUAGUUGAAACAAUGAUACCUUCACCUGGUGCAACUACUCCUACUUCCACCAUCAGCAGAUAAUUAUAACUGAGAUAUCUGUUAUACAUUGGUUUGCCUUACGAAAUGAAAAUACUAAAUUCCACAAAGACCUUCCAUAUUUAAUAUAUUAGUUUUGUUACUUGAUUCUGAUGUUGAGAGUAGGUCUGUUAUAAUUGAAAAAUUCUCAUUUUCAUAUUUAUUAUUUUCUCUAAUCUGUUAUCUGUUUGAUUAUUGAGUUGUUUUGCUCUUGUUUAUGUUGUACAUUCUUGUUGUGUUGUGAAUGAUUAUUCGUAUUUUUGAUUCUGUGAAUACUCAUUUUACUUCUUCUGUUAUAGAAGAAAUGUUCUUGCCAUUCUGUUAUAAUUUAUCAUCAAAAAAGUAUUUCAUAGAAAUUAUAAUCAUUACCAACUCGCAGUAGAAAGGUGCAUCUUUGAGAAAUGUCAUAUUUAAGCGAAAGACAAAUGUCCGAAACUAUAAUCGACCAAUGUUCUCUGUUAUCUUUUUUGUUUAAAAUUAAACCUUGUUCAAUUAUAACAAUUAUCUAUAAAUAAUUUUCAAGACUAUUUAACUAUGUUUAAUGAUAUAUUGAAUAUAUUCCCCAUACUGUAAACUUGAGUUGCCAUUGAUUAUAAUGGUCUUAAUUCAACUAGGCUGUCAUUAACCGAAUAUAGUUUUAAUUUGAUUGAGUUGUCAUUAACUACAGCCAGUUGUAACUUGACUAAGUCAUCAUUCUUUCAAAACAGUAUUGAUACAAAAAAAAAAAAAAAAAGCACAAUUUCAUUUGGUUUUAAAUACUGAAUUACCUUUCUUUACUAUUUAUUUAAGAUGCACCAUAUAGAAUAGCAUUAAUAAACUGCAAGACACUGUUAUAAAUUCUCAGCAUUUUGAAGUACUGAGACUUGUUUGCUUGUUACAAAUUUUAAAAUAUGCGAAAAACAAACUAUUUCGUGCCUUUCAAAUACGCCUAUUAAUAUAGAUUUCUAUAUUUACUGCUGUUGCUUGUAAAAAUUAAUAUAUGUUUUUGAGUGUUAAUAUGCAAAAUGGAUUUUGAAAUACUUUUACACAUAAAAAAUGCAUGUCAUGUUAAAAUAGUCUCUAAAUAUUUAUGAACUAGUUCUCAGUUUUAGUUAAAAGUAUAAUUGUUUCUUGUCAGAUACAACUAUUGUUGAUAUUAUUCAACUGAUGAUGUACAAAAUAUCCACUAAGUUUAUUUACAAUUUCAUUUCAAGUUUUGGCUUUAAAAAAAUUAUAAAAUUAUUACUAUAUGAGGAUCUAUGUUGAAUUUUUUGACACAUUUUUAUAAUGCUAACAUAAAUAGCAUAACACACAUCAAAAGUUUUUUUUCUUUUGCUAUGUUUUUUAUAGCAUUGUAUCAUUUCAGGUUAAGCUAUAUAAAAUUUAAUUUUAACUUGAAAAAUUUAUUUUAAAAAAUCAUUUAAUAGUUUGUUUUAAAUUGUUAGUCCUGUAUUUUUGUUCAAAGUAUAUCUUGAACACAACCCUCAAAAUAGGUGUAUUCUUUCUUGAGAAAUAGCCUUUUUAAGGGUUCCCCUUCCUAAUAACCUUUUAUCUACAUUUGUGUAUUUCAGACAAGGGUUUCUGUAAUACACAAAAUUAGUGUGAACACAAAUUUCUUUCAAGAUUGAGUACAUGAAAUAAAUUUAGCAGCAUCUCCCAAUUAGUUGUCUUUUCAGUAGUAUUUUCUAAAUAUGAUACGUUUUUGGAAUCAAAUUUUAUCAUUCCUGAGAUUGGUGAAUUUUCUUUUUUAUAAUAAUUCUACAAUAUUUUUAAUAUCUCUAGCAUUUUUUGUAUAAAUUUUAUUUAUUUUAUUGUUCAAUUAAUCAUACUUAUUUUAUUUCUUGAUGUUCAGAAUAAUUCAUUGUUUUAUUAAGUUCAAUUUUUUUUUUUUUUUAAACUUGUUAUGUUUGAUUUUGAAAAUGUAAAUAGACUUUGUGGUGUCUAAUGUUAAAAACCAGCUUUAAAUUUAGAUGCUGAAAAAUGAAUUGCUGGUGGUUCUUGAAAACAAAAAUUGUUUUUACAAUCACAUAUUUAUUGUUCAAAUCUUUUUAAGUAUUAUUGAGAUAUAGUCAAAUGUUAUUUAUCAAAAGACUUCAGUAGAAAAAGUAACUGUUUUUUUUUUUUUUUUUUUGUUUUUUUUUACUGUAUGGAAAUUUAUUUCCAGUAGUGUGCUUCUUAGCAGGCAUUCUUGUUGUUGUCAUUGCAAAUUUAUUCUGAUUUUAUGUCAUUCCCUUGUAAAAAAAUUACAUAUGAAUAUUUUCAUGAUGAUCUGUUUCGACAUUGACCAUAAUAUUUUUAUUCACUUAAUUUUUUUUUCCCUUGUCUACCUCCUGAUAAAGGAUCUGAUUUAAUGAACUAUUUAUUUAAAAGUAAUCUUCUAUUAAAGGAAUAAUCAUUUUUGUGAACUUUUGAUAAAAUGCUUGCAUGUUUCCAUUCUAGAAUUUUAAGUAUAUUAUAAGCUAUCAAAAUUAAAAAUCAUUCAAGUGAUUAACACAGAUAAUUUAAUUUCCUGAAGCUGUGCAUAUAAUUUUAAAUUAUAUGUAUGAAUUACCUUCAAUUUUUGUGUGAAUGUAGAUUUUAAAUGUUCCUGCUUUAGUGCCAAUUUUAAGAAUUGUAUUUAUAAAAGGAUAUAAUGUUUUACAUUCCUCUUGCCCAAUUUGUUAAUGGAGUUCUAAAAGAAAUUUGGCAUAUGUCAAGAAUCUCUUCAUUUCCUUCUUGUUUUCCUUGAACUUAAAAAAAAAAAAACUAUUGCCUUAAAAUGUUAACAGAUUUCUUUUAUUACAACAAUUAUUUACUAAUCUCAUCAAAACCUCUAGUAAUUUAAUUUUGAUGAUGUUCUUGUACUUUUAGAAAUAUUUUAAGAGGGGAAAAAAAAUGAGGAUUUUGAUUAAUAAAAAUUGUAGAUAAAACCCAAUUGUAAUUUUUCUACAAUGAAAUAAGUGUCUUUACAUUCCAGCAGUUUAUAUUUUAUUAGUGAAGAUUCUAUUAGUCAAUUUAUUAUAAAAACGUUGUAAAAUAGAUUAGAAUUCAAAAUAUUAUAACUAAAAUUAUCUUUUUUUGAAGUAGUGUUGCUUACGUAAAGAUUUUUUUCUAAUAUUUCUUCCUUUCAUUUUGAUGCAUUGUUUAUUUUAAAACUAUGCAGUUUUCAGCAAAUUGGAAAUACUCAUUUUUCAAAAAAAUUAAGAACAUGUUUGAAAAUUGUGAUUAAACAUGUUGAUUUGUCUUCAACUGAAAAUUCUUGCUUUGAAUUUUCUCAAAUGAUGAGCAAUAAUUUAUUUGUAUAAUUCAGAAGUAUCUGCUACUAAAAGGUCCAAUAAAAUAUGCAGCUUGCAAUCUGAUUGUUAUAUAUCGUUUUGUAUUUUGAGAUAUAUUCUUUUUAAUAUAAGAUAAAAUUACUGUUUUAAAAUGCAGUCUUCCAUUAUCAAGUGCAAAAUAUAUUUAAUUUUAUGAGAUGCUUGUUUUACAUGCUUUUCAAAAAAUUAAAGGAUGUAUAAUCACAGAUGCUUUUACUUACAAACAAGAAAAAAAAAAUUAUUACUAUUUAUCUAUGAAAAGUUGUAUACUAAUUGUUUUAAAUGUUUUGCAUGAAUUUACUAACUAGAUUUUUUUUAUUAAAAAAAAAAAAAAAAAAGAUAAAGCUAUCUCCUUGAAGUCAUAGUAAUCUUAAUGCCAUGUAGAAAUUCAUAUGGUGUAAACCAUUUGCAUUCAUUAGCUGUAUUGAAAAUAGAUUCAGAAAACCAACAUUUGUAAAAUGUAUCCAAUUCUUGAGAAAGAAUAACCAUCAAUAAAAUAGUCAAUUGUAGGUAAUUGUUCAUUCACAGUGCAAAAAAUUUUUAUAUAUAUAAAAGGCCUAUUGAUUGCAUUUUAAAAUCAAUUAAUUCAGCAGUAUUUAAAUUGUGCUCAAUUACUUUUUAAAUAGUCUGAGCCCACAUUAUAAUCACGUCAUAAAAUUAAUGCAUCUGUGAUUAAUUUUGGCAAUCACUUUAUGGACAUGAAAGUGAAAUUUUUGUGAAAAAUAUAUUUAUUUAUAUUUGUUACAUUUGAUAGAUUUAUGGAUAAAAUUCCGGUGAUCAUUCCAUGAAUUUGUAUUUUGCUAUUGAAAACUUGUAUUUCUGUAUGCUGUAAUAAAAUAUUGUUUAU